CUUCUGCUGUGGCUGCUAUGUCCUUGCGCUUGGUUAGGCUCGGGCUAGCGAGCGCUGCAGCCACUUGGCGCCGCCCCGGCCCCGGUGUCCUCUGCGCGGCAAGACUACAUGCAAGCUCCCAGCGGACUUUGAAAUAUGGUCUUGUGGCUUUUUGGCUGGGAGAGAGAACUACUAAAAGAUUUAAUGAACGUAGCAAAAUUUUUACUGUGGAUGGCAACUUAUCAUGUGGGAAGGGAAAACUUGCAAAACAAAUAGCAGAGAAGUUGGGAAUGGUUUACUUUCCAGAAGCAGAUAUCCAUUAUGCGGACAGGAUCACAGGAGAUGGAGCAUUAAUGGAUGAGAAAUUUAACGCCUCCUGUAAUAUGGAGAGAUUCUACAAUGAUCCUAAAUCUCCUGAUGGACAUUCAUAUCGCCUACAAGCUUGGUUGUUUGGUAACCGUGUUCUACAGUAUUCUAAUGCGCUGGAGCUUCUGCUGAGUACAGGACAAGGUGUAGUGAUGGAACGCUCUGUCUACAGCGACUUCGUGUUCAUGGAUGCAAUAUUUAAACAAGGCUAUGUCCACAAACGAUGUGUUGCUCAUUACAAUGAAAUGAGGAUGCACAGUAUCUAUGAGUUCUUGCCACCUCACUUAGUGAUUUACAUUGAUUCACCUGUUUCAGAGGUACAGAAGAGACUUCAGGAAGAAGGGGAGCCAUAUGAAAAAAAGGUGUCUGCUGCGUACCUCCAGGACAUUGAAGAUAGUUACAAGAAAAAGUUCCUGCCAGAGAUGAGUGAAACUUGUGAGAUCUUGCACUACACAACAAGUGAGGCAGAGGACAUAGAAAAGGUACUUGAAGAUAUUGGUUACCUGAAGUUUGAUAAGGGGCCUUGGCUUGAACAGGAUGAUGUUUCUUUCCAUCGGCUUAGAAUGUUUGUUGAAAACAAAUACCUGGUGUUGGAAGCUACUGCUCUCCCUAACUACAUCCCAGAAAUCACAAUUAGCGGCCAGGAGUUAAAUAAACUCUAUCACGAGUACAAAUCGCUUCCCGGCCACUGUUAUGAAAGAGGCUAUAACGCUGAUAUGGGUGACAAGUGGAUCUGGCUGAAAUGAAGGCUGCCACCCUUUGAAAACCCUCGCACAGUAUAACCACAAAACUUGAAGAAGCUGUGUUCAGUGUGCCUGCUCUACAUCAAUGGGGUACGCGCAGCACAAAAGAAAAGCACGUUAUGAUUCGAAGUCAUGGAAUAGCCUCAGAAGAAAGCAAACCACCAUAUUGUGUAUCAUAAGAGAACUUCCCAUUGUAUUCUGUCUAGAAUUAUCCAUAAUAAUUGUAAUAGAAAGUCUAUCCAACAUAAUGGCAACUUCUUAAAAUCAGCAUGAAACCUGCAUUUCUUCAAGACCUGUGGCUUAAUACUAUUAGGGGUUUUGAUUGUUAAACUGAACUUGUGUUAAAUAAAACCUGUAUACGUUA